UUUACCUUCACUGCCAUUAUAAACCGUAUUGAACGCAUAACAAAACAGAACCCAAGCCCUGCAGAGACGAGUGUUGUACUUUCUCCGUUUCAGCACCCAUGCCUGACGCCAGGACAAAAGCGUUAUUUGUUCACGGCGGCUAAAGCCCACAGCAAGGAUCACGUGCGAAAGCUGAUAUGCCAGCAUUACCUGAACGUGUUACACAGAUCCACCAGCACAGGUGUCGAUCACACAAGAGAUAUAGCUUUCAUAAAUCCUCCACCAGACCCAGAGCUCCACCCAACUGCAGAGGAGAAGAGCAGAGGCUCAGGCAGAGACGCCGGAGGAGGAAAAGCUAAAGGAAAAGCCGAGAGCAGGAAGAGGCUGAUUCUACCCAAAAUCAACAGCCAUCGAAAAAGAUCAAGACCUCAUCAGAAAUCCAACGCAAGAAAAUCAACGCCUCUCAGAAGAAACAGACACCGCGGCUCAGUAGGUACGAUCUCAGUCUUCCGGCAAGUCAUGUGCAUUAAUGCCUCAUUGAGUGUUUUUAGCUCCGCCCAUGCUCAGCACCACAAAACCACAAAACCCCAAAACCCACAUUUUUAAACUAGUCUUAGGUUUUUGCAAAUAUCCCUACAAUACAGGUAUCAAAAUGUUCAACAGAGUCCUCUGGUCAAGAAUUAUAAAUUUGAAUAUUUGUAAACAAGAUGGCGGCCACGUACAAAA